AUGGAAUCGAGUGACUCCAAGAAGCCCCGCCGAUAUAAGAAACACAAAACCAACACCCAGGAGAGACUCAUCAAGAAGUUUCCUUACAGGUUAUGUCUGUUGACAGAGCCCGACCAAGCAUCCCAACAGUCCUGGAAGGCCAAGAGCAACUCACUGAAGGAUCAGCUGCCCUUACAGAAGAAUCUGGUGCCAACUCGGUCUAUUCCCAUGCCAGGCUGCCCUCUUGCUGCCACCAUCACCACCACCUGUGUGCUGCUUGGGAAGUGA